GCGGUGGAGAUGGCACAGCCCUCACGUGAUGCGUCGCAUUUAUGCACAUCUCGAAUUUCACCUGGACCUCCGUUGACGCAGUGAGUUUGGUUGCUAUUAGCGACUGCGGCAAUAAUCAGUCUCUGCUGGACAUAUCGUGGUUGUUUCAGAGUGGAGAUAUCUGCUCAAGCGCGUCGGAAAUGCGUUAAGUCAGUCGUCGGUGUCAGAUCAGAGAGCUCGUGAAGGAACUGCGCCAGAACCUAUCUACAACCUCCACCCCGACAGCGCAAGCCAUGAGCGCAAAACUCUCGCACGCGGACUUUGAUUUCCUGCCUGAUCUUGUUGAUCUUUUGGAACGAGUCUCGCAGGGAUCGCUUGUUGCAAAGGACGUUCCGAACGAGGCAGGGCGGAUUAGGAUAAACCUGAAUCGCGUGCGGACAAGGCUGGCUCAGCUUGGAGAUGUUGAGUCUAUUGAGACACAGAACAAUGAGAUCAUUCAGUUGAAGACCAAGGUUGAGAAGAAGAGAUUGCUCCUCGAGAACUUAUCAAACCUGGGAAAAGACCUUCUAGGUAGAAAAGGCGUGCUACGGGACGACGAAUUGUCAAUCAAUUCAAAGCAAGAUACAAAUGUGGACGUCGUUACCUCGAUUCCGGCUCCACCUUCUGUGUUGGAAUUGGCAAAGGAGCCGAAUCUUGAUAGUCCGUUGCCAGACAUCAAGAUUGAGCCUGAGGCGGCUACAAUAGCUACAAAUCAGAGUACAUCUCUGCAGCCAGCUGAAGUUGAUCAGAUGGAGAUAGACCAAAAGGUCUCGGCACCAGCAGACACUCUCGAAUCAAAUACAGGCGAUCUCUCAGCCCUGCCAGAGUCUACCAACGACGCGGCCAACGAAUUACAAGAGGCGCUGCCAGAGCAGCUACAGGACAUGAAGGAAGUCAUUGAUGUAUCAGACAUGCAGGACUUUAUGCAGAUGAUGGACGGCGAUGCGAGUGCAGCCGAGAAACCGAGCCAGGAGCAGGACGGGAACAUGUUUAUGGCGAUGAUGGACAGCAUGCCCGACGAUCAGGGUGUCCCGGAGACGUCUGCCCAGGGCAUUGAGGAGAUUGCGCAGGCGAUAGCAGGGACCGAAGGCGAGCUGCCCGAGUUUAUGGAUCUCAGUUGAUGGUCCUUAAUUAUAUUACAUAAUCUCUGACUGAUAAAUUGAUGACAUAAUCUGUUACUUACUUAUGGCAUAACCGCCAAACCACAGCCUGCAUAAGCUCCGGCCCACGACACAAAAUUUC